ACAAGAAUUUAAAACUGUUGUCAACAUUUUUCAACAGAUGUUUGCCAGACCCACAACAGUUGCAAAUUUGCCAAACUUACAACAGUUGUAGCCCGUGGUUUUGUUUGUUGGAGUUUGUUAUCGGUGUGAAAAUACCUUUUAUUUCCACGCGAUCAGCGACGGAUCAUUGCGAUUUUACCGCAAACUUGCGAUCUACGAAGCGAUCGGUCGCCCUUGGAACACGCAUGCGAAAGAUCGCUGCGAUCGGUCGCUCGUGUGUGACACACCCAAGGAGGUUAGAAUCUGAGGAUGACGACCAAGAAGCCCCUUGGAAGAUGCCGUAAACGUGAAGCCGGCACCGCCAUUUGUUUGCGCUCAAAACAUUGCCAGUAGCGUGUUUGUUUUGAUGUGUUGUUCAUCGAAAUAUUAAAGUAAACGUGGGAAAAAUGGUUACAUGUGUUGCGUCCGGAUGCACAAACAGAAGCGGAAAAUCAGCUGUUACUUUCCACAGUUUCCCGAAGGACAGCGCAAGGAAAAGUUUAUGGAUCAAGGCAUUGCGACGAAUAGACUGGAAACCAACUAAACAUAGUAGAAUAUGUUCAGUCCAUUUCCGAGAAGCAGACAUUGAUCGAACGUCUUUAUCAAAUGUUCGCAUUAGAUGCGGCGCCGUGCCAUGUAUUUUCACAUCCUUUCCGCCGUACAUGCAGAAUGUCAAUGAUUGCUGUGAGCAUGUCUUGAUUUUCUUCAAUCUUGCUUCCAAGUCCAAUAAAGAAGAGCCACUGCCAGCAGAAAAUGAUGAAUGUGACUACAGAAGUGAAGUGGAAUCCCAGAGGUGUAAAAGUUAUGGAACAAAAAUGGCAGAUAUGGAAAUGGACCAACUGGUAAAUGUUAAAAAAGAGGUGGAUCCAUUAGCUACUGAAGAGCAGACUGAUACCCAUCUGCCCAAAACGCACCAUGUUUGGCUUCAUGAUGUGAAAUUAGAACCUAUUAAACAAGAACCAGAAUCAGAGCCUGAAGAUAGUGAAAAUAAUUAUUGCAUUAGUGAUAAUCCAUUGGAUUUUCCAAUAAAAGAGGAGAGCGAGGCGAAUGACUGUGAGAGUAUUUGCUCCAAUCCUCAACAGAGGAAUACCGCAGAUGGAGAUUUUCCACCAGAGUAUUUGUCUCUGUAUGAUAAAGUGAAAGUGGAAAUUACUGAAGACCAUAUUUCACCUACGAUAGAACAAAAUUUACUUAAUGUUGGUACAGGUUGUCUCAGUACAGAUGGUGUUAAUGCAGAUGAAACUAAUGCAAAUAGUGUUGAUUCAGCUGAUACUGGACAAGCAGAUCUACAACAAUGGAAGUCUGUAGUAAGUCAAGCUGACAGUUUUUCAUGUAGGGAUUGUGGUGAUAAUUUCACAAAGCCGGAGGACUUGUCAAAUCACAGGCGCAAACGUGAUGAGCCCAUUACUUGUGAACUGUGUGGUAAAAAUUUUAAAUCUGAGUGUGUUCUUGCAACACACAUUCGUAUUCAUACAGGGGAGCGCCCUUUCCAGUGCAAAAUAUGUGGAAAAACAUUUUUACGUAUAUGUUAUCUUCUGAAACAUCGACGCAAAAGACAUGGCUGUAUUCAACCAGGUAUUCCUUGUAAGAUUUGUGGCAAAGUUUUUUCUAAUUUUGGUCUUUUGAGUGUUCAUACACGUGCACAUUAUAAUGUGCCAAAGGUUCUCUCAUGUGAACAAUGUGGGAAACACUUCAGACGAACAAAAUACUUGAAUCGCCACAAGAGAUGUACUCAUAGUGUUGAAAAAUUGCGGUGUGAACUUUGUGGAGAAGUUCAGGAGACACGGACAGCAUUGAUAUCCCAUGUUGUUAAGCACACAGGUGCUUUGCCAUUCAAUUGUGCUGAGUGUGAUCAGGAAUUUUCAUCUACAUUACAGCUGGCAAGGCACAGUCGAAUCCAUAAAGGUGAACUGCCUUUUGCCUGCAGUGACUGUGAACUGUCUUUCAUGACGGGGGAACAACUGCGUUCACACAAAAGGUACCAUACGGGUGAGCGCCCAUUUUGUUGUAUCUUCUGUGGGAGAGCUUUCAGGAAUGAACCAGAUCUUAUUGUUCAUGUUUAUUCACAUACAGAUCCAUAGACUGAUAUGCUUUCCAUGACAAGCUUGUUCAGUAGUGUCACUGUAUGUCAGAGCAUUACAACAUUGCUAACUAGAACUUUGAUGAAUUUAGUGGCAUGUGAUAGUGUAGAUCAUCAUCAUGACACCUUUUCAAUUUGAAUCAAAACCUGUAGUUAACUUUUUCUGAUUGAGGGCUGACUCCAUUAAAGAUUUCCAUGUCACUGUAUGUGGUACAUUUUGUAUGUCAUGCAAAACAUGGUUCUCUUAACACUACAAAAAGGAGAAGCCCUUUUCAGUGCUGUAAUAACAGUUUUUGGAUUGUGAGCUCCAAAAUAUUACCUUUUUUGCCAUUUAUGACAUACGUGUAACUUUUGUAGUGAACCACUGAAAAGCAAGGAAUAAAUUUUUUUCUAUGUGGUUUCGAUGAGAGACUCAGUCAUAUUUGUCACAAAAGGAAAUGUUUUUACAUCCAUAUGUAUGUGCAGUAUUAAGAUGAUUAAACUCUUUUAUUAGAAGUUUUCCAUUAACAUUUCAAACUUUGACACAAACUUCUACUCACUUUUUUUGCCACAGUAUAUAAGUGACAAGUACUCAUUUAUCACAAUUUUUACUUUUGAAGCAAAUCAUUCACUCAAAGUAAGUCAUUCACUAUUUACAAAGAAUAUUGUCUGUAAAGUUAACUUAAGCUAUACUGGUGCUUGUUGUUUAGACACAAAAUGUGUGGAUCAAUGUUCUUAAACUGGUGUUUACAUGAAAAAUACAUGGAUAUAGGCUGUAACGUUACUGGCGUUAAUGAUGCCCUUUGAAAGCAUUUGUAGGGGAAAAGUGAUUUAUUUCCUCUGUUCAUUGUGUGUGUAGCAGUAGCAUUGUUACACGAAGUGACGUGUAAUGAAUUUAAAGUUAGGCUAAUUUAAUAUUUUAAUUUUUUUCUCUGUUGUUUCCUGUAUAUAUAAAACAUUUUUAAUUUGUGAAUUAGGUGUUUUUUUAAAAAUGAUAUACUGUAUCUGUAAGUGCUUCUGGUUGAUAGUUUGAUGAUUUGAAACAAGCAACAAAGAUAAAGUGUAUGAACAAAAGCAGUUAUGAUCUUUGUGGAGAUGGAGAGUAGAUGUGUGUGCAUAGUGGAAAAGAGAAGUUUGCAAUAUGGCUCAGUGAUAUACAUUGGAAUAAAACUUUUGGUUAAGUUCCUUUUCCAAGAAGGUAUGGACUGUUGGAAAUCUACUUACACAUUGUUGAAAGACUAUUGUUGCUUAACUAAAUUUUCAUUCCUCCAGUACCAGCACACUUUCUUUACCUUUUUCUAUUUACAGUAUUUCCUGCAUAAAAAAGCAAAAUUUGGUUGCUGUCCACUGUGUUCAACCCAGUUCUUUGUGUUUCAGCUUAUGAUAGGUAAGUACUAUGAAACUGUUGCUGAAACACAACUCUGUCACAUACUUUUCUGUUAUUAGUAAAGCUCAGAUUUUCAUACACUAUCAAAUUUUAAAACAUGCAUGCGUUCAUGCAGUAUCAUUUCACUAAAUACAAAAACUGAGGCUGCAAAACAAUAAAUGUAUGUGGUAUCAAAA